AUGGAUACCCUGAAAGUCCCCGGCUUCGUGUCCCCAUCCGGCUCGGCCUCAGGUUCUGGCAGCUCUGGGACGUCGGUGUCGGACUACUGGAGCCAAUCCUCGGAGGGGGCCGAUUCGACCAAGGCGGUGUCACUUAAAGUCCCCACGUCGCGCCCCUUCUUGACCAAGCACCCCAAAUCCGGGGGGCCCUUUCGGGGACUCGGGCAGUCGACGACCUCCCCGACCGCGAUUUCUCGCCUGCGCCGCGAUCCCUUCUUAGAGUCACUAUCGAUGAUGAAAGUCAUGAGGCAGAUGCCAAUCAAGGCGCUUCGCAAGUUUCCGGUUAUGGACAGGAAGGACUCUGAGUGCCAGUGUCCCAUCAAGCAGCGACCUCGUCCUUGCAACCUCAUCGAGCAACCCGGAGCCAAUUUCUACGGGCCCCUGGACGCCAAAAAUCCGCUGCUUAUCUCCUUCCAGAAGGAGCUGCAGGGCGUGCUGGACUUCCUCAAGAGGAAGCAGAGCCAGACCCACACUCCCGAGGAGUACCAGGAGUACCAGCAGCGCGGUACCUUCACCCUGUUCAAUAUCUGGUUCAAGUAUCAGAACCGCCUGCCACCCCAGUAUUACCAUGAGCAUCUUUUGAAGACUGGAGACGGCCUUUCUCAAACAAAAGAAUACAAACUGGCCUUAAUUCAAUGCUAUGGGAAGUAUCUUAGCCAGUUCAAUCCCAGUCUCGAUGAAAGUGAAAUGAACGUGUUGAUUUUCAAAAAAGUCUUUUUCUCCAAAGGCGUCAAUGAUGAAAGUGCCAAACUUACAUUUCACGCUCUGCAAGGGAAAUGUAUUAGCCAAUACCAAAUUAUCUGUGCCUCGGAUCCCUGUUUCAAGAAUGAGCAGUCUGCGGAACAGUGCUUCAAGAUUCUGUCGGUUUUUCGGCUCAUGAUGCAGAUAGCCCUGCCCUACGAACGCCUUUGCUGGAUUGUGUACAACGGUUCAAUUCACAUUUAUACAAUUUGCAGGAAGCUGAUGACCAUUGGACAGUCUGCUAAGGCCUUGGAAUUCUUGCUCUGGGCAAGUAUUUGUAUGGAAUCCUCUAUACCCCUCUUAGCAGUAAGCUAUCUCACUUGGAGAGCUACCCUUUAUACAGCUGUUUGCCAGUGCUACUAUGACUGCCAUGCUGGAAUGCAGGGAGAGAUAUUCGCUCGGCGAGGUUUGGGAAAAAUUGAUGAUUUAUUACACCUACAAGUAAUGAGCAUCACACCACCACAGGAGGAAGAAAGAAAAAAAUUUCGAGAGGCCACCAUCAAGAUGGCGGUGAUGAUCUUUAAGAGAGCAGUCUUUGAACCUCGAAGGAAGAAUAAGUCUUAUGUAAGAACAAAACUGAGGCUGAACCUACGGGAAGCACAGAAUUUGCAAUGGCCACGCACUACCACAGAGAAGUUGUUGACUGAGAUGUUUGAUUGCGGAUCGGCCCAGUUUUUGGCUAUCUUGGAAGCCCUUUCUGAACCAAAUAGGAAAGUGUUACAAACUGGUCACAUUUCAGAGGAAAUAGAAGUUCGUGAGGUCAUCGCUGAGCUCUUCAUGGCAGCAGGCGAGCUUUUAUCAGAUGUAUGUACUGGCCAUAGUCCCUGUGGGAAACCUAGUUUUUCCAAAAACAUCUUCCUAAAUUUUUCUCAAAUGAAACUCUCCAUCGAUGGGAAACAAGGCGUUUCUAUAGCUGCUGCAGUGAGGUUGAUAAAAUUAGCUUUCACCUUUGAGGAAUGGCAUCUCUUUAAUGCUGCUGUUCCUCAUUUUAUCGGCUUUCUUCAGGUUCAGAGUGACCCAGACUUGCAGAAAGCCAAGAUGGAUUUAAUGCUUCUGGCUGCGAUGGAGCCGCUAAUUAAUGUGAAGCGGAAUAAAGGCUUGAACUAUGCAGGUGAAGGAGGCAGCGGAACUACUGAAGGACCUCGAACCUCAGGGAAAAAAAUUGUGUUUCAAGAAACUUUCGCAUUAGCUGGAAGCUAUUCUGAUGAUAUUUUCCAUUUGGCAUCGAUGCUAUUUUCCUUCAUUUGUUCAUCUACUGAGAAAAUUCGACCUGAUGAAGAGAUUGUGGUUGACCUGAUAAUGUUCCUGUGGCAGAAAUGCAAAAUGGGAAUCCAGAGGAUCUAUUCGGCAAGAAUGGACUAUUUCAAGUUUGUCCAGAAAGUCAAAACUAACAAAUGGAUGCAGCUGCUUUGGCAGAUAAAUGAAAUGAUUAGUACUUGUCAACCAGAAGACCUCAACCCUGUGUUUGUAGCUGAAGUUGCAUUACGACUAAGUGAAAUACUGGAGAUUUUAGGAAAGCCAGAAAAAAAAAGCCUUGGCAGCACAAGCAGAACAACUGUAGAAUUCCAGCAAGUUCCUGACAUUUUCCCACUAUUUAAGAAAACACCUGAAGAGCAGUUACUUUUGGCUCAUGAAACUCUUGAGAAGGCAAUUAAUGUGAUGGGGCUAUACCGUACCAAAACUACAUUGCCUAAUGGAAAAUCAGUAUAUGACCAUUGUCAUAUCAAGGUUAUGCCUCCAACAGAAGGUGGAUCCACCGGCAAGCCAAUCACUGACAAUAGUUUCAUGAUGGACUUGCAUCUAGAACUCCUUUUGACUCAGCACCGGAUAGCUGUUACACUCAUUGAUCAACUCAAAGCUUGGAAUUCUUCUCCCAAAUCUGACCAUCCCAAAGAAGAAGAAACUACUACUACUAGUCAUUUCACAGAAUCCUACAUACUGGGCAAAAUCAAUAAGAAUGAGUUAUCCAAAUCAGUCUUCUUAAUGAUGAAAGCUCAGCAACUAUUUGAGAAAGAUGACUCUCAGGUCAAUAAGUUACUGGAGGAAUCGUUGUUCUUAAUUAGGAAGAUUGAAUCAGAGCAAAAAAACCAGUAUUCACAAGAGAAGAGUACAGAAGCUGAACACCCCCAGAGAAAAGUUCCUUCUCCUCCCAUACUGCUUUCGAGAACUCAUUGUUCAGUGACAUUUAAACCUGCUCCAUUUUCUUGUGGAGAACAGGUCGCUUGGUAUACCAUUUUGGGGCGUAGAGCGGAAAAAUGCAUGAAAAAAGUAAGAUUGAGUGACCAUACUCUUCUAAACUGUGGAGAACCAGUACCUGCUAAUGAUAAAACCAUUUUAGAAGUUGUUGGAUUGGAGCCCAAUGAAAAAUACAUAUUUGCUCUUGCUGGUUAUUGCUCUGCUGGAACACUUGUUGGGCAAGGAAUUGGAGAGACAUCUAAGCCUGUUCUGAUUUACAUGCCACUUUCUACUAUUACUAUGCGCUUACAUAUGACUGAGAUUGCCUUUCAACUCGGUAAAUAUUCAUUGGCCAAGAAAGCCUUUGCACCUGUUUGGGACUAUUUUGUCGCUCCUCCUCCUCCAGAAAAUCCAUACAUUUUUUCUUUAAGUAGCAUGUUAACUGUCACACCAUUCAGGUUACAUCUGGAAACUUUGUCAGAGUCUUCAUCAAUCCUCUUAUACUAUUUCAUCAGAUGCAUUUUCGUAAUAAGUAAUAUUAAUAUCAUAGAAAAAAAGCUCUACUGUGAUACAAUUAGGGGAGAUGAGGUUUUCACUUGUCAACAGGUUUUCAGACUACUUGAAUGUCAGAGAAUCCUUGUGGUAAUUGAACUUAGUACCUACGUAAAUAAUUUUAGUUAUUCCCUACAAGCUGUUGUUCACUGCUAUGGUCUCCUGGCUCCUCUAAUCUUUCACAAUAUUGUCCUGGUACCAAUAAUCCAGAUCCUAAUUAAGUGUUUGGUAAUUUUGCAAGAAAUCCCAGGUGUUACCUUUCCAAAGAGACAGAUGGGGAAUUUUGAGUCUACUCAGCAUAUGAUUGCGUGCUCUGUUUAUUACACGGCAAAGGUGUUACGUUCAUGGAAGGAAUUGGACCUUGCUGUGAUUAUUAUAAAUUUGGGGAAAAAGUUGCUGGACACCUCACAAGGGUUAUUUUCAAAUGUCACUAAAGCUGCCUUUAGUGAUGAUGAUCAAGAUGACUUGUCAGAGGAGACCUACUCGACUAAGAAAGUCAAGAGAGUCAAGGGACAAAUUGCCAUACUGGACAAAAUCAGUGAACAGCUCAACAUCAUGGAAACUCAACUACUCAAACUGACGAAACAAAGUCCCAUGUAUGAGCUCUCAGGAACAGAAGAUCCCUUUUUCCUCUACCCAAUAAUUCUAACUUGGAGUCUCAAAACUGCGAUGAGGGAAGUAAUGAAAUUCAAGAGUAAACCUCGUUUUCUGGAAUUCUUUGUUCAAGUUAUGACAAAAUGUCUUACUGAAGAGAAAUUUCACUAUGUGGUGGAAUUGGCAUUUUCUGUUCAAAGCUUCCUAAAAAGGAGAAAUGGCACUUUGCUUGGAGCAAAGAGAUCUCCAGUUCUUCAAAAUCUUCCAGCUACUGAAGAACCAAAGAAGUACAAGGCAGCUGCCAUGGAGAUUCAAAAAACUACAGAUUUAACUCUUGGGAAGACAAAAUCAAAGAAAAAAGGUGCUCUGCAAGAGUAUUUUUCCAAGCAUCUCUCACUUUCUGAAUUGCCAGAUUUGGAAAAAUUUAAAAGAGCUGAUGUGAGAAAAGUAGCUCUAAAAAUCCUAUCAGAACUUAUGGCCCCAAAACUAAGUCGUUAUAUAAAAAGGAAAAGAUUGCAUCGAUUAUUUAUUGAAGAGUUACCCUGGAGGUCUCAGAUGAAUGUUCAUUUGGCGGAAGCUCACUUCAACUUAUUCAGAAUCAGACUCAUGGAGCGUAAGAAGGUUAAAGCUUGCACUUCACAAAAUACGAUGAGCUUCCGAAUUUUAGACCCAGAAAUCUUCUCAUUGUACAAUUCUGGGACAUUGUUAGUGGAUGAAAACUUAAAUCCAGAAAAUUACAAAGCAUUGCUUGAUUUCAUGCAUUCAAGAAAAAUGAGAAAGACCAAUCUCUCAGAGGCCACUGAAAUUCCUUAUGGUGGUGGGGUCAGAGUGAGUGAAGACCCCCCUAAAUUGAUAAAUGCAAAUGACCAGGAUCCUACUAAAGAGAAAACAGCACAUUUUGGAAUCGUAGAUCAUUUUAUCAGGACCUUUGUUCACUGCAAAAGAGCAUUGGUUCUUGCUCAUCGUGGUGGUUACUGGACCUUACUUCAGAAUGUGACACGGGCUCUUUGGAAUUACACCAUGGAGAUGCAGGUGCUCUAUAAGCAGGCGCAUUCUCUUUCCAAAACAUUCCCUUUCAGCAAGGAUAUUAUGAUAUGCACCUUUGUGUUGCCAUUUUCUUUGGCAGCAGAUGCCCUCAUUGACAUGCUGAUAGACCUGCAGAACAGCAAAUCUCUUAAGAUUGUGGAUGACUGUAAAGAUUUCGGAGUUCCAAGUGCUUUUGGGAACAUCACAGAGGAUAAUGGUGGCUUCAAUCUGACGUUUGAAGAGCCUUUUGAUGAUAUGAAUUUGGUUGACUUGAAGUUCAUUUCAGACUUCAUUUUUAAGACUUUGGAAAUCUUGUACAGAGUGGGAAAAUGGGAAACACUAAUAUAUAUUGCCCUUCAGUUCAAUGAAGUGACACACGAGAGAUACACGGAGCAAGUGAUGCCAUUGUUAAUCUAUUCUCAAAGACAGCUUCUGCAGAAACUCCAGAAAAAUAGUGUGCAGCAGACAAAUGAUGCAGAAUGGCAGUUUGAGGACAACGUAAACCUCCGAGACAUUAUUGGGAAAUUGCCCCAUCCUUCUUUUCUGAAGACUGUAAAGGACAAGUCUAAAGGCUUUAUUAAUUAUGAGCAAGGUGCAGUUCAUUCAGAGGUGUACAUUGCAAGUAGAAUAGUGUCUGUGCCCCUGAAUGUGAAAGAAACUUUGAAGAUCUUUAGAGAAACCUUGACGAAAUCUAAGUACCACAGCAGAUCACUGAGAUAUAGCAGAAAAUUGCUCUCUUUGUUACUGGCCCACACACAAGAAACCCGUGGAGGAAUAAACAAUCCCAAAUUUAUGUAUGGAAAAGUGGAAUUUAGCCUUGGAACUGAUGAAAUAUAUUUGCCUACACCCCCUGAUCUUUUUAAUGAAAAGUUCAGUGCUUCUGUUACAGUACAGAGCACGAAACUUUCUCCUUUCCAAUUUCAACUUGUUAUCACUUCUUAUGAGAAAACGAUUGAUAUUCUUGAAAUCAGCAAUCAAACAGAUCUCAAGAUACAGGCACUACAUGAGCUUGGAAAUCUUCACAUCUAUGCAGAAAACAGAAGGGCAGCUUUUAAAUGCUGGAGUCAAGCUCUUGAUGCCAUAUUAAAAAAAAAAGAUGUUCUACAUACUUGGAAAGAAAUUGUCAGCUCCACCCAAAAACCUCUUGAUGCCCUUGUGGGUUCAAACUACAUCGAUUAUAGUGAAGAUUUUCUGUCAAAAGCUGGCAUUUGGGGAUGCUUGCAGGGAGGAGUCAUAACAGCAAAGAUGGCCCAAUACAUUUUAACAUCAAAUAUGAACGAGAGGAUUGAAUGUUGCAUUUUCUCUUCAUUUUUUUUUAAGGCUCUACUUAGAACCUCUCUUGUCCAUCCCAAACAUGACCAUGAGUAUGCCCACUAUGAAAUCACCCAACUUACUCCAGGGCUGGAUCUCUUCAGCGACCGAUACAGAGCAGAUGUGUCUGUUGUCCUCAGCAGCCUGAGUUACCUCUGUUAUGAACUCCAUUCUGUCCACCAUGACCUUAUCAUUCUGCCACUUAUUUCAUUAAACCAUUACUUUGUCUGUGAAGUUUGCCAAGAUAUAUUUAAAACCAUAGAUACAAGGAUCCUUAAGACAGAAAUCCUUAUUGACUUAGGAUUCCUUUCUGAAGCUUAUAAUGAAAUGGUCAGUCUUUAUACUGGAAAAAACAUCCCCACUUCCCUGCCUUUAGGCUAUAAAAUUCCGAAAAUUAAGCACAUGCAGCCAUUUGAACCAGGACGCUCUUGUUUGAGCAAAGAAAAUGUACAGGCCCUGGAAGAUUUGAUGAAUCAAGGCAUCCCUUUCUAUAUAAUUUUGAUUUGCCAACCAGCUUUCUCCUAUAAGUUUACUUUGGUCAAAAUGCGCUUUUUAAUCAGUUUGGCUGCAACAAUAAAUUGCUUCCCAGAUAAUGAUACGAAAGCAUUCUUCCAGGACUUUCCCCCAAAGGGCAAAUUAAAUGCUUCAUUCCAUAAAGUUACACAUUCUUGCCCUGAGGAUUUUACAACCAUCUCUCAAGAGACAGUUCAAUUUGACCUCAACACAGCCGAGGGAACACAGAGACCUCUGGACAAAGGCACUGACUAUCAAAAGCAAAGAGCCUAUGAGGCUAUGAGGAAGAUGCUGAUGGUGGACCCAGAAUAUUUAAAGGAUGAAACCCCAGCAAAUGUUAAUCUGACCAAGGCAAAAGAAGAGUUGUCUCCAGGUAAACUAAAGGGGAUUUUAUUGUCAGAAGCUGAGGAAAAGCUUCUCAUGCUAAUAGAAAAUGCAGAGUCAUUGAGCCACAAGAAGAUAACUCAGUUUAGCCCAGUAGACUUGGAGAUUAUGCUGGAAGUCAAGUUACAGCUAGCUGCUAUCGCGAUGCAGAGACAACAAGCACCAUUAAGCACUUCAAUAGCUUUCACUACAAUUAAAAUUCUUCAGGAUGCAGAAAUUUUCAAGAAGACUAAAGAAGAGCUGGGUGUGAAUGAUGAUGAACUGGAUGCCAUGGAGUCUACGGACAUGUUGGCCCGAGACCGUCUGAACAUCCAUCUAUGGCUAAAGUGUCGUCUGGCCUUGGUGGUGGCCUCUGUGGCCCACAUCCGUGGCAUGGGAGUCGUGAAAGAAAAUGAGGUGACUGAGUGCAGAUUUUUGAUAAAUGAAGUAUUUGUGGAGGCUCAAAACUGGAAUGAUACUGAGAUGCAAGCAGAAGUCAUGGUGCAGGCCAUCAAGCUUGACCUGCAAGAAAGAUAUUCUGCAGCCAACAUCAUAGAACAUUUGAAGGAUAUAAGAGGAUUACUUGAAGGAAAAUCCUUUGUCUCUCCUCGAGGCUCUUUAAUACUUAUGAAAAGCCUGCUGUUAAUGGAUGACUUAAUGAAAAUUGAGAUGCCCCAGGAAUAUCUCUUUCUUAAAAAUGAAAAUCUUAAUUUACUAAAUCAGGCUCACACACUUAUUAUUGGACAGGCUCUAUCUUUGGGCGAACAUAUUUUAUUGCCUUCUUCAGACACUGAAUAUGCAAAUAUCAUCUACCCUUUGAAAAACAUUUAUUUUCCAUAUAUCAACUUACUUGCAAAAACAAAAAUGAGAAUUGGGCAUAUGUUAGCCAAGAGCAUUGCUACCUGCAAGACAAAAGAACCUAGUAAAUGGGAACCCGUUCGUCAUCUCUUUGAAAUGGCAUUGUAUCUUUGUAGGGCAGCUGCAAAGAAAGAAUGUGAAUUGGAAGCUGAAAUUCUUUUUGAGAAAGGCAAAGUAGAACGUCAAAUGGUUGUUGUAGAAGACAAAAAGCCCUUAAAGGGUGAUCUUUUGGAAGCUAUAAAAAUAAGCCUGAAAAAUGAUGAAAAUUCAGGGUUGAUAAGGAAAGCCUAUCUGGAACUUGCCCUGUUAUAUUUACUUGUGUGGAAAUAUAAGAAAAAUGUUUCGAAAGUUAAGAUUCUUCCCCAAGUCCAAAGUACAUCAAAGGAAUCACUAGAAGAGAAAGCUGAAAUUUUCUUCGCAAUGUCCUGGAUAGCAAUCCGAGCUGCUUCACAGGUCAGUGAAGCUACAAUAGCAGCUAAGAAGCUAACUGGGGAAAAGAGUGUGAAGACCGAGAAAAUGGAUAUGCAUGCCUAUCAGAAUAUCCCUGACUUUGCUCGUGCUGAUAUCACUUGUACCUAUGUAGAUUAUUUGACUGCUAACUAUAAGACUUGCGCCAAAACUUCUUAUACCACUCCGAGUGACUCUGGAAGUUACUUAAGUAUGGAACAAGAUCUGUAUACCAAUCCCAGUGAAGAAAAUGAGGAGCCCUGCCAGAUGGAGAUCAUGUGGGUCCAUCUGGCCCGUUACUACACUCACCUGUUAAGAGUUAACAAUAUGAAUACCCUGCUUGCUCCUCAAAAGCCGAUUUUCUUAACAGAUGAAAUAUUCUACACUUCUAUUUUCAAUGAAGAUCUGAUUAUACGUCAGAAAGAGAUGAAGCGUUUCCUCAAAAAAUUCUUAAGUGUUUUUAUUUCAGCCUGUUUAGAGCCUUUUCCCAAAGACCUCAUUCUUGGAAUAGAAAAACCAACCGUUCCUGAUAAUUCCGAACUUAGGCAAUCACUUAAGACAUUUCAUGAUGUGAACGCUAUAAUAGAAAAAAUAGUUAUCACUAAGAUCAACCCAAUUAUCCUUCCUCCAACUCCUCCAGAGGUUCAGAUGGAUUUUGCUAUAAAUGCAGAAAGCACAGAUCUUUGCUUCCAGUGGUACCUGCCCCCUCUAGAAAAACCUCCCACGGAUAAAGAACCCAUGGUCAUGUUGUUGUAUGCCUAUAACACCAAACCUGUCAACAUUAAUGAUAUCCAUGAAUUCAUUAUCUCCUCGAUAUUUCCUGGAUUUUUGUGGCUUCCUCUGAACAACUACAGAAUGACAGAGGUGGAGAUGCUUUUCAAGACCCCUUCUUGCCCUGAUGAGUAUUCUCUGACUGUGUUUUAUCAGAGUUGCACUGAAAUAGCAAGACUGCUUUCAAGAAAUGAAGACAUAACCCUAAUAAGUGAGGUUCCAUUUGAAGAGUCUUUGCCAACUAUACAGAAGCUGGAGAUGCUUUUCGACCCCGCCAAUGGCUCUAUCUUAAAGACAGAAGCCAUUUUCAACUGGAUCACGUCUUUUCUUCCAUCUAUAUAACCUUUUAGGGAGCAGAACGAAUGCCAUAGUGUCUUGUUCUGAGUUAGCUUGAAAUGAUUGUCAGCAUUCGUCCCCUUAUCUCUUUGUAGACAAUAAAAUAAAGGGUGUCUUCCUUCUUGCAAAAUGUAUGGUUUUUUAUUCUUCAAUGAUGCAAAGCAUCGAGUUCUUUAAAAUCAAGUUCAGAAAAUAGACGUUAAUUACUUUUUUUGUUUUAAAUUCCAAAGCUACUGUUAAAACUGCCAUUCCCCUCCAAA